GUAGGGUGUUCUGUCACAGGUUAGGUAUCCUGUCCUACUGACUCCUGCUGAGAAGGAAAUGGCAAGAGAAGUUUGCAUUGCUUUCAGGCAAGCGGUUUGUGGGUUUGAUCUCUUGAGAUGUGAGGGACGUUCCUAUGUUUGUGACGUGAACGGAUGGAGCUUUGUUAAAAACUCACACAAGUAUUAUGAUGAUACUGCUUGUGUGCUGCGGAAGAUGUUCCUAGAUGCAAAAGCACCUCAUCUUUCUUCGGCAAUUCCACCAACUUUACCAUGGAAAGUAAAUGAACCAGUCCAACCUUCUGAGGGACUCACUCGUCAGGGUAGUGGUAUUAUUGGCACUUUUGGCCAAUCUGAAGAACUAAGAUGUGUGAUUGCUGUUAUUCGUCAUGGUGAUAGAACUCCCAAACAGAAGGUGAAGCUAAAAGUUACUGAGGAAAAACUGCUGAACCUAAUGUUGAAAUACAAUGGAGGUCGACCUAGAGCUGAGACAAAACUUAAAAGUGCUGUUCAACUUCAAGAUCUGUUAGAUGCCACACGCAUGCUAGUUCCUCGUACCAGACCAGAUCGAGAAAGUGAUAGUGAGGCUGAAGUCGAGCAUGCUGAAAAGCUCCGUCAAGUUAAAGCUGUCCUGGAGGAGGUAUUUAAUUUUCUUAACUUUGAUAUGAUGAUGAGUUUGUAGAGUAUUAACAACAUG